AUGUCGCUUCAUCAAUUGACGGCUAGUCUUUUUAUCCUUCUUUCUUUCUCUUCGCCGUUCGGUUUCUGUAAGCAACCUUUGGUCUUCACGAACCAAUUCGCUAUUCACGUUCCUGCUGGUAAGGAGCAAGCUGAUGCCAUCGCAGAAAAGCACGGCUUCGUCAACAUAGGACAGGGAUUGGGGUCGAAAAUCAAUCUCGCCCAAAAACAUGCUAGAUCAAUGAAGCUUGGGAUAGCGAUCUUCAGGGGAGAGCGGAAAUUAAAAUUGGAUCUCGGUGCUUUUAUCAUCUAG